CUCAUUGCUGCUAAUUUGCGGAAAGAAAAAAGCGAGAGAAAAAAACAUUACUAAUCAAAACUAAACAAACAAAAACGCACGCAUUUGCUGCUGUUUUAACGUGGUGAAGAAUAUUGUGAAUAAUGUGGCAAAUUGCAAUCGAUUGUACUUAGUUAUACAUAUGCAUAUUUAAUAUACAAUUGCCGCCGCUAGCCUAAAACAACACGCCAACUAAAACUAGAGGGGCAGCCAGCCAACCAGUCAGCGAGAUAGCAACAGACAACAGAAGAACCACCGUCGCCUCCGUCGUCGUCGCCGUUGCCGUCGUUGUAGUCGAAUUUUUCUUACGCACUAUUUACUCGGCUCAGUCGUGUGUUGUCGGUGUGUCGAAAAUAAAAAAAAAAUAACGCAACGAAUUGAAUCGAAAAGUAAAAAAACAAGCAAGCAAGCAACGUUACUAAAUUAAUACAAAUUCCAAAGUAACUAAAACAAUCAAAUCAAGUGCACAAUGAGUGAGAAGGCGACAACGACAGCAGCGCCCACAAAGGAUAAUACGCCCGCUAGGCUUAAAAUUGAACAGGAAUAUAAUGACAAAAAAACUGGAUCGGGAUGGCAUCGGUUCUACAAGGAAUUGUGCGAAGUAUGCGACCGUGAGGCUAAAGAGCAACAGUUUACCACAUUGGAAUCGGAGCGUUCACAGAAUCGAGGCCUGAAUAGAUAUCGAGAUGUCAAUCCCUACGAUCAUUCACGCAUUAUCCUCAGACGUGGCAAUGUCGACUAUAUCAAUGCCAAUCUGGUGAAACUGGAACGCGCCGAUCGUCAAUAUAUACUGACACAGGGUCCGCUGCUGGACACGGUGGGGCAUCUAUGGCUGAUGGUAUGGGAGCAGAACUCGCGCGCCAUUCUUAUGCUCAACAAACUGAUGGAGAAGAAGCAAGUCAAAUGCCAUCUGUAUUGGCCAGAUCAACUGGGACCAGAGCACGCUCUAAAUCUGCGCGAUGUCAACUUAUCCGUUGAGCUCAUCUGCUGCGAGAACUAUCAGAACUUUGUGCGCCGAUGGUUCAAAUUAACUGAUCUCGAAACGAAAACGAGCCGUGAGGUUAUGCAGUUUCAUUACACGACCUGGCCGGACUUUGGCAUACCCAGUUCGCCGGAUGCUUUCCUCAAGUUCUUGCAACAGGUGCGCGACUCGGGUGCACUCAACAAAGAUGUGGGUCCAGCUGUCGUUCACUGCAGCGCUGGCAUCGGUCGCUCUGGUACUUUUUGCCUGGUCGACUGUUGCCUGGUGCUGGUGGAUAAAUACGGCGAAUGCAAUGUGGCCAAGGUGUUGUGCAAACUGCGCAGCUAUCGCCUCGGGCUUAUACAGACACCCGAUCAAUUGGACUUUUCAUAUCAGGCAAUCAUUGAGGGCAUCAAGAAGUUGAACGACCCCAGCUUUCUUGAGGCAGAGGAGCCGAUUCUUAGCAAUGAUACGGAACCGCACACACAGGACGAACAACCGCCGCCAUUGCCACCGCGUUCGCAUUCCCUCAAUUUGCCAUUGGCCCCCAACACUGGCGGCGUUCUCUCCCUCGAUAUGCGCGCUGCGCAUGCCAAUGGCGAUGGCAUUGUUGGCGAAAGCGACAUUAUCUUAAGCGGCGGCGGCGGCGAGAAGCCGACGCUGAGCAGCAAAGAUGCGCUCAACAAUAUUAUUAUAAAUCAGCAUGAGAUCGUUAAUGCCGAGGUGGCAGACAGUCUAUUGAAUAAUCGGCCAUUGCCUCCGUUGCCCACGUUACCACAGCACAGUGAACAGGAAUCGGAUAGCGAUGAUGAGGACGAGGACUAUGAUGAUAACGACGAUGAUGAGGACGAUGACGAUGAGGAGGAGUAUGAGACAAUUGACGAACACAAAUUGGAUACAGCCAACGGUGAUGUAACAUUGCUGCAACCGCAUGAAGAUGAUGUCAAUGCCAACAGCGAGAAGCCAACAGCGGCUGUCGAGCCGCACAAGGUCAACGGCAUUGAUUUGACAACGAGUUCCGGGGAUGAGCUGAAGAGACGAAAACGCACCGAAUACCAAGCGAAUCUGGAGCAGAAAGUCAACGAAAUCAAGCGAAAGCAGCGCGAAAACGAGGACAAUCAGCAGGCGGCGAAAAAACGAAGGUCAUUACUCACAUAUAUUGCGGCAGGUGUUGUGGUUGGCGUUAUCGCCGCCUACGCGUACACGAAGCUAGGUUAAGUCCUUGACCAAAACGGCCCCCACCCACUAUCCAAAACAACCUUCUCCCCCAAGUCCCCUAGUAGUUAUCAUCGAGCCAGGAAGUAGUCCAGGAAAUAGAUGUAGCAAUUAGCAGUAUGUAGUUUGUGGCACUAGCGUGACAAUGAAUGAUCCCGAGAUUCUCGGGCACAUAUGUAUGAUGAUGAUGAUGAUGAUGUAUAUGUAUGUAUUGUAUGUAGGUCUUAUAUCGAGCUAACAUCAAAUGUCAGCGCGACACCAACACUUGCACACACCACACACAAACACACACACGAACACAACACACAGAAAAUACGAGAAAACGGACAGCGAACGAGAUCAAUGCGAAUAUGUCGCAUUUGUUGCAAUGUUAAUGGCAAUGCAUAUUAGGGAAUUUUUUUAUAUAAAAAAACAAGUCGAAAAAAACAGCGAAAAAACAAUUUAAAACAAAAACACACAGCAAAAACAAAUGUAACAUUUAGGAACUCGGUGUGGAAACGACGAAUCCCGAGCACCAAAAGUAGACGAUUCUUGCGCAAUAGACUGACAUUUUAGAACAAAUAUUUUUCUUGAAGCACUUUCAAAAACGAAACCUAAAAAAAGAGGAAAAAUAAUAUAUACAAAAAAAAAAAAAAAAAUCUACCCAGAGCAUGUGGAUGAGAAUGAAACUUUAAAAAUAUCGAUGUGUAAUAUCCAAAAAAGCAAAUGCAUUUUUCUCUGAUUUGCGCUCGCUAAGAAUGUACAAUUUUUUUAUUUAUCUAAUAUGAAAUAAAAACGUUGCUAACUUAAAUAAUGUAUGCAUAUGAGAGAGAAUACGUUGGUUGUGCAGAAUAAUAUUCUGACCAAGUUUAAAACACAAUGAAAGACCACUCCCACAUCCACAAAAUAUGUCCAUAUUCACGCUUCACUUGUUUUUGACACACACUUCAGUUUCGCAAUGACUUUAACUUGUGAGUAUGUGAUGUUUAUGUGUUAUGAAGAUUUGAUGAUGGAACGAACACUUGUUUAGCGAAUUCAAAAUCGACAAGUUUAAUUGAUGGCAGCAAAAUGCGGUAAUGUGCCAAAAAACAAAAAUGAAUUGAGGAAGAAACGAAUAAAAAAAAUUGAAACAAUUAAUCAAACAUUUACUUUGCCCGCUAUCUGUAACUUUACUUUACCAAAAAAAAAAAAACAUUAAAAAACGAAAAGAAUAAGAAUGAUUUCAACGAAUUGAAGAAAAAUGGAACUGGAAAUUUUUGUACUAUGAGAAUACAGGCGCCUAUUAAAGCAAUAAAAACGCAAAUAUGUAGCACAAACAUUAUAAUAAUGAUAAUAACAAUAAAUAACGAUUAUGAUAAUGAGCAAAUAUGAUACAAGCGAAACCAUUUUGUAUUCUAAAAUAUAAUGGCAUUAAUUGUAUGUAAUCUUAAAGCAGAUAAGAGGAUAAAAGUAAACAUAAAAAAAGAAGAACGAAUGAGUUAAAGAGACUAUUUAA